GACUUUAUAUAUAGAAUAGAUUUGACGCACUGACAAAAAAGGUUACACAACCUUGGAUGAGAAAGCAACCAGGUUAAGAACUAUACCUACUUGCAACGAUUUUGCACAAUGGCUUCGCUAUUUCUCGCUGUUCAAAUUCUUUCAGCCUUGACAAGCGUACUUGUUUCAGAGGGAAGUUAUCAUGAAAAACGUCUUUUGAGUUAUCUAUCGUUGGACGGUUACAAGAAAGACAUGAGACCCGUCGCUAAUGAUAGCGAUAAAGUUAUGGUGAAAAUAGGCUUGACUUUGAGUCAAAUUAUCGAUGUUGAUGGAAGAAACCAAAUAAUGACGACUAGCGUUUGGACACGACAGCAAUGGUACAAUCCUUAUCUGAAGUGGAAUGCAUCAGAAUAUGGGAACAUUACCAGUAUCAAUGUGAAGAGUUCACGUGUUUGGUUGCCAGAUAUGGUACUGUACAACAACGCGGAUGAGUCCAUUGACUUUCGUGGUAACCUGGACCGUCUUUCGACUCGUGUCCAGCUCUUUCACACCGGCAUAAACAUGUGGCUAGCGCCUGUAAUGCUGCGCAGCAAAUGCAAAAUCAACGUGCAGUACUUUCCGUUCGACACCCAAAACUGCACGAUGAAGUUUGGAUCGUGGACAUACGAUGGAAAUCGCGUUGACGUGAAGAAGGAAAGCGACACCGCAGAUCUUUCAAAAUAUAUCGAGUCGGGAGAAUGGAAACUAGUAGCGGCGCCCGUGCGGAAAAAUGUUCAGAAGUAUUACUGCUGUCCAGAACCAUACCCGGAUAUAACCUUCUAUUUCAUAAUCCACAGAAGAUCUUUGUUCUAUUUGACCAAUCUUAUCCUACCGUUGGUAAUCAUAUCCUGUUUAAUCAUCUUUGUCUUCACUCUUCCACCAGAAUCAGGUGAAAGAAUUUCUCUGACAAUCACCCUUCUUCUAUCCAUGAUGGUGUUUAUGCUGGUCAUUACCGAGCAAAUUCCGGCAACUUCCGACGUGGUACCGCUGGUCGCCAAAUUCUACAUGGCCGUGAUGCUGGAAAUGGCCCUGGCUCUAGUGAUAACGUGUUACGUCAUCAGAUGCUACCACUCCCACACAAACGAGCCUCCGCGAUGGAUGAGAAAAAUCUUGGUGAAAAAGUUCGCAAACUUCUUUGGCGUCAAAAAGUCGAAGGAACUGAAAAUGGCGGAGAAAGAGGAGGGGAAACUGAGCAAGGUUAAAACAGAAAAAGGCAGAGGCGAUGGUCUCCUGAAACGUUUGUUGUCCAACGGAUCAGUGAAGCGGAUUGAUGGAUCUGAAGAUAUGAAUAAUGGGAACAGUGUAUUGCAUUCGAGUGAUGCUCAGACCGUUGCGAUGGAGUUGGAAACGCCGAAUUUCUCGCGAGAGCGCGUAAAGACAGCAGAUUCGAUCGAAAAGAAGCUUCUAGGAAACGUGGAAUAUAUCUCUAGCAGCAUCCAGGACAGGGCGAAGCAGGAGCUGGUUAAGGAAGAAUGGUUGAUUGUGGCAAAUGUGAUUGAUCGCAUCGCGAUAUGGUUAUUCACCAUAAUAAUGAUAUCCACUAUGGUGUCUAUAUUCUAUCAAGCUCCUGGGUAUGUUGGAUGAUCAAACAGCGAGUGUUCAGUAGUUCAGAGUUGUAGAGAUGACUACAAAAUAUGCAUACAGCAUACAUAGAAAUAUUUCGAAAGAAGCUCUAUAAAAACUCUUCAGUAACCUUAAAAAAAUGCCAAAGCGAUGAAAUUGAAACUACGAUAGAUUGCAUAGGGAAAUCAAUUAUGGCAGAGGAUAUACGCCCUGCAAAGAAUACGAAGCCCGAUUUAAUGACUUAAUCGAUAUUGUUUGCAGAUACAUAUUGACUUUUAUUACAACUAAGUAUCUACUGCAAAACACUGAAGUUUACUGAUUCGUAGAAUGUCUAGGAGUGAAAUUACUGAAAUAUAAUUUUAAUUUAUCCACCAUGUUCGUACAACAAUGGUACAACUAAAGCUAGCCCGUGUUACCAACUAUGAGGUAGACCUAUUUCUUUCCACCCAGAUAUUUGUAUUUGAUUUGUGAAAUGACAGUGUUUCUACAUAACUUAUAAAUGAAAUAAAAUGUCUUACA